AUGGCCUCAAGCGCGUCCGGAGACGUGAUGCCCACCGGCGGACGCAUCUUCACCUCUUUCCCCGACAUCUUCUUCCUCCCAGAGUUUGUGUUUGGGGGCCUGGUGUGGAUCCUGGUUGCUUCCACGAGAGUUGAUGCUCCGAAUCCUCUGGGCUGGGUCAUGUUUGUAUCCAUCUUCUGCUUUGUCGGCACAACGCUCUGGUUCUUCAUCUUUCUGUGUGGAGCCAAUCAGAGCAGCGUCUGGCCAGCACUGGAUACGGGCUAUCAUUUUGUGGCGAUUGUGUUCUACUUAAGUGCAUCUGUGGCCUUGGCCAUCACCACCGUAUCGGCAGGACUGACUCUUCAAAUAGCCGGUGCUGCAGGACUCCCCACUGACCUGUUUCUCAAGAACUACAGACUGGACAUCGCAGCUGUGGUGAUGUCAUACCUGGCCACACUGCUCUACUUCAUCCACACCAUUCUCUCCGCUCUACGAUGGAAGAGGUCCUAG